CUUGAUGACCCAUCGGUUAUCGCGAAUAUCUGUAUCUGUUGUUAGUAUAAAAACAAGAUCGUACUACAUUAGAUGUCACAAUACCCAGCGCGGCUGUUGUAAGUAGAUCGUUCCUUCGAUUCGUUCUGUUAAACAUGGCAACCAAAAAGUUCAGCGGACCUUCCCCUUACAACCUACCUCAAACUUACCCGAAGGACGACUACUUACACACUGAGUACGUGAACAAUGUUACUCUGAACCUUGAUGUCAAGCCCCAGGGUAAGCCGUUGGUCGCCGCUAUCUUUGGGCUCGGCCGCGCUGGAUCCAUCCAUUUGUCUAGCAUCAUCAACAGCCCCCGCAUCGUGCUCAAAUACAUCGUCGAUGACCGCACCGAAAGAUUUGCUGAUCUCAAGAAAUACUGGAACUUCAGCGACAAAGUUGUUCUCAUCCCAUCAUCUGAAGCGAAGCGCGUCUACAAUGACAAAGAAGUCAACGUUGUGUUCAUCGGCUCCCCCACAUGGACACAUCACGACAUCGUUGUCAACUCCAUCGCUAACAACAAGGAUGUGUUCUGUGAGAAGCCCAUUGCUGAAAACAUCGAGGACACCAAGAAGUGCUACGAGGCUGCCAAGGCCAAGGGCCGCGUCCUUUUCUCCGCCUUCAACCGCCGUUUCGACCCCGCCUACAGGGCUUUGAAAGAAAGAGUGAGGAACGGAGACGUUGGACACGUGCAAAUCCUGAAAGUUACUGCCAGAGACUCACCGCUGCCGUCCAUUGACUACUUGAAAACAUCAGGUGGUGUGUUCCACGAUUGCUUGGUGCACGACUUCGAUAUGGCCUGCUGGGUGCUCGGCGAGCUGCCGAUCCGCGUACAGGCCUCCGCUACCGCCCUUAUCCCCGAAGUCAAGGCUAUUGAUGACUUCGACACCAUCGCCUUCCUACUCACCUUCCCGUCUGGAACUGUCGUGCUUGGUGACAACAGUCGCUACUCUGCAUAUGGAUAUGACCAGAGAUUGGAAGUUUUCGGAAACAAAGGCAUGAUCAAGGUUGAAAACGAGCGACCCUGCCACUCAACUGAGGUGAUCCUCGGUCACGAAGGAGUCAAGAAGACCCCCAUCUACUACUCAUUCCCAUCGCGCUUCAAGCUAGGAUACAAAAAUGAAUUGGAACACUUCUUGGACGUCGUUACCCGUGGAGUUCCAAUGGAAGUGACUGACUACCAGACCCUCGCCAUCAGUAAGAUUGCAACUGCUGCUGAACACAGCGCACGCACCGGUCAAUCUGUCGAAAUCGACUGGAGCAACGACAAAAUUCCCGCCAACUACUCAUAAACAGCUAUAAGACUCGGAUUUGUAAAAACUGGAGAUAAACUGCCUACGAAUUAUGUAAAAAUAUGACUGUCUAGUGAAUAUUUCUUUCACUUUUUAUUGAUCUAAUAAUAAAAUACUUUACAAAUA